AGGUUGGUCUUGCGAAAAAUCGAACAUAGUCAGGUUGGACUCGGUUCUCGCUCGGCAAACCUCGUCGCGACUCGCACCAUUUUUCGUUUAUAUCUGAGUCUGGUAGCUAGCUUGUAGCCAGCUAGCUAUCCAGCUAAUGCUGAGCGAGACUUCUCAACUAAGAGUGGGAGGCUACACCUGGCAGACGAAACCUGAGUGAAAAUGUCGGACGUUGAGGGAGAAAGUAAUCGUUCGUCCGUCCCGACGUGUCCGAGCACUUCUCUUAACGGCCCUAGUGUCAGCUCAACACCGGGCAUUGGCGGUUGCCAGACAGACACCACCGUUACUUCGGGCCCACGACUGGUUCGGAUAAUCAAGUCUGACGCUGGCUAUGGUUUCAAUGUACGGGGACAAGUGAGCGAAGGUGGACAACUACGGAGCAUAAACGGGGAAUUGUAUGCCCCGUUACAGCACGUCAGUGCUGUUUUGCAAGGAGGUGCUGCGGACAGCGCUGGUAUCUCGAAAGGAGACCGUAUUCUUGAAGUGAACGGGGUGAACGUGGAGGGGGCCACCCACAAGCAGGUUGUGGACCUGAUCCGUGCGGGGGAGAGGCAGCUGGUCCUGGCCGUGCUCUCCGUGGCCCCCCAGGAGGCAGACUGCAUGGACCCGGGGGAUGACGGCUCGGCCCUGUCCUGCUACGACUACUCCGACAAGCAGGCGGUGCCCAUCUCUGUGCCCACCUACAAACACACCGAGCUCAACCAGGAGAAGUUUGUGGUAUAUCAUGUGCACAUGGCAGGAAGGGAGUUGUGCUCGAAGCGCUACAGGGAGUUCUCUGUUCUGCACCAGAACCUGAAGAGGGACUUUGCCUCCUACGUCUUCCCCAAGCUGCCGGGGAAGUGGCCCUUCUCCCUGUCUGAGCAGCAGCUGGACGCACGGCGCAGGGGUCUGGAGGAGUACCUGGAGAAAGUGUGUUCUGUGAGGGUGAUUGGGGAAAGUGACAUUAUGCAGGAGUUUUUGUCGGAGUCUGAUGAGAACUACAAUGGAGUAUCUGACAUCGAGCUGAGGAUAGCCAUGCCUGAUAAAACCACAGUUACUGUCAGAGUUCGCAAGAACUGCACCACUGACCAGGUCUACCAGGCUGUCAUCAUGAAAGUAGGAAUGGACAGUGUAACAGCCAGUUACUUUGCUUUAUUUGAGGUCAUCAACCACACCUUUGUGCGUAAGCUGGCCCCUAACGAGUUCCCUCACAAGCUGUACGUCCAGAACUACACGUCGGCGGUGCCAGGGACCUGCCUCAGUCUGCGCAAGUGGCUGUUCAGCUCUGAAGAGGAGGCUCUGUUCACACACCAGCUGGCCGUUACAUACUGCUUCUACCAGGCGGUGGAGGACGUGAAGAAGGGCUUCAUCAAGGCAGAAGACAAGACCUACCAGCUGCAGAAGCUGGCGGAACAGAAGAAGAUGGCCAUGUAUCUGAGCAUGUUGCGAGGCUGUGAGGGCUACAAUGAGAUCAUGUUCCCUCACUGCUCUUGUGACUCUCGCCGCAAAGGCAACGUCAUCACGGCCAUCAGCAUCCAGCACUUCAAACUGCACGCAUGCACAGAGGAGGGCACACUCGAGAGCCAGGUGAUAGUGUUUGAGUGGGGGGAGAUGCAGCGCUGGGACACGGACGAGGAGGGCAUGGCCUUCUGCUUCCAGUACGCCAGGGGAGAGAAGAAACCUCGCUUCAAGAUCUUCACCCCCUACUUUAACUACAUGCACGAGUGCUUUGAGAGGGUUUUCUGUGAACUCAAGUGGAGGAAAGAGGUGGAGGAGGCUACAGACAAGGACAACAGGAAGUGCAGCAGAGAUGGUAUGUGUAGUAAGAAUAUCUUCCAGCUGUUGAGACACAGAAAGGAUGGAGACACCCAGGAGGGAGAGCUCAUCACCUCCUAGAGCUCGUCCUCCUGCCCUGUGUCCAUCUCCACCACAACCAUCCAUGCACCACCACAACGUCACCACACUAACCCGCUAGAGACACUACAAAACUGCUGGAAACUACAACCUCCACAGCGCACUGGGCCAGUCUAGACCAGCAAAACUCCCACUACACAUCUGUAAGCACUGACUUUACAGAACAGCCCUGUUAGUGGUCUAUAGUUCCAUCCAGCUGUCUGAUACAAGCACACCACUGACCGUAACAUCAGAAGGGUCCAUGUCUGGAGAUGGCCCAUGUCUGGAGAGGGUCCAUAUCUGGAGAGGCCUUGUGACAGGAGGACAGAGGCCUGAGGAUGUGUUGAGGUCUGCUGCUGGACCAAGCGCUGUGGAAGAGAAGAAGAACAGGAUGAAUGGAAGGGGAGAGGAGGGGCAGAUACAGCAGGUCUGAGGAGGGAGACAAGGCAAGGGGCAGAGCUCUCUCUCUGCUCCUCAGGGUGCAGGGUCUGAGGGGCAGAGCUCUCUCUCUGCUCCUCAGGGUGCAGGGUCUGAGGAGGGAGACAAGGCAGAGUGGAGGCAGGAGCGUUCAUGUUUGUGUCUGGGUGUCAUGGAACUGGGCUGGCAGACAGACAGAAACAAGAGCCUCGCAGAAUGUAAAUAGAAUUCAACUGAUCCACACAGAUCGCCUCUGCUGUUUGAGGCUCCAGUCCGCACACUGGCAGCAAAACGGACUGAAAACACCUAGUUAGGCAGCAAGCAUAUGUCCCGGUGUGAGUUUGUCUGUAGAAGGGAGAAGGGUGCUGUUUUUAGUUCAGAGUUUAACUGUUUUCAGUAUUCAUUCUGCAGCUGUGUAUAGUCAGAGCAGAAUCUGCCCCAGCCCGUGAGCUCUUACCUGAGUCACACCCUCCCUUCAGUGUUGUGUACACAACAUGUGUGUGAAGACACACACUCUGUAUAAACAAACUGCAAAGCACUUUUCCACUCUUCUGAGGACAACAGUAUUAACAGUCUGGCCAUUCUGGACUAUGUUCAAGCAGAUGUUGAGCAGGAUGUUAUAUUUGCAGUUAGUUUAUGUUUUUCUUCUUUAGUAAGGACAGUUUGACACUGUGUGAUGUAAGACCAGACCUAAUGAUUGAAGGUUUAGAAUCCAUAGAGAUGAUUUGGAUUUAUCCAUCUUAAAUUUUUAAUGAUACAAAUAAGGCUGUUAUGUUUAAAAUGGCCUUGCUAGAAUAUAAUGAUUUUUUUUUAAUGUGACUUAGAAAUGCAAUCCAUUUCCUUUACUACUGCAGAUUCGUCGUGAACAUAUAGGUCCACUUGCAUGUGGAAAUCAGGCAUAUUUACCUCAAGUUAUUUUACAAUGCACUAUGGUGGACUUGCAAGUACUUGAUAUGAACAGCAGGGGUCUUCCUCUCCCAGCACCUCCCUGUGAGGCAGUAGCUCAGCUCCCAGGGUGCUGUCAAGCGCAGAGCUCCCAUGGGUCCACCCUCCACUCUGUGAUUUACAGACAGGCCGCCCUUGGCUUUCAUGAGCAGCAUUCUGCUCUGUUCCGGGGUGCAAAGUUAGUCUCCCUCACAGGAGAGUUAGUCCCCCUCACAGGAGAGUUAGUCUCCCUCACAGGAGAGGCUGGUGCCGCAUGAUGACAUCACCACAAGCCCUACAUCAGCUCCUGGCUCCUGUGGAUGAUGUCAUCAUGCUGCGUUCACCUUCCAGAGGUAGAGAUGUUGGAUUUUGUUUUUGGUGACUCGAAGUCUGUCCCGUUGAGAACUGACUGUUGGGGUUUGAAGGAUGUAAAGUUGAAUGUUUUGAGCCCAAGUGUUGCGUCUUCACUCCAGAAUGUUUGAUCUGAGCGGUUUCUACUGGCUGAAAUACAUAGGACUUGGGUGGACUGCCAUUGGCCUGUGUUCCCACCAAUCAUGUCUCCUCUCUCUCUCUCUUUUUCUGAUGUUUUAUUUAUUUUAGAUAAUAGCAAAGCAAACUCGACAUCUCCUAUUGUACAGUAUUUCCACCUGUCGAAUGGUUUGGCUUGAAUAAUCAUGCAAAAAGAAAAGAAAGUUGACAUACAACAGCUGGUUUGUAAUGUUGAAAUGUAAAAUCUAAAAAUGAAGUUGUUUGGUGAUGACGCUUACUGUAAUAAAUUGUAACAUAUUCUUUUAAAUAAAAAUGGAUUUGUUGAUGCGACA